AUGAGUUCUGGACCAUGGGCUCCCAAUCCUUCGUACAACAGCCCGGAAGAAAGCAGCGGGCUGUCAUAUUGUCGAGAUGAAGAUCAUCUUAACAGUGCAAUCUUGCAGGAAAUAUCUGAAUUUCCCGAGCCCAUGCCGCGCCAUCGUUCUGCGAAGAGCUUCUCUAGCAUCCGCCAUGGCGUCGAUGGGUUACGUGCCCUUGGCCGCCGCUUGUCGGUGACAAUCCGCCGGAAACCCUCAAGACAUAAUAUUUAUGCGUCACACGAAGGAGGCCAGGAAGCCGACCUUGCUGGAGAGAGCGCCGGACAUGCAGGCGAUGGAAGACAUCGCAACGCCUGGUUCAAAGGACAUAGUAUUAAUCGCCGACCGUCGUUUCGCAGUGUAUCGGCAUUGCAAACGUUUUACGCUCCAACUGCCAACAUGGCGAAUUUCAUUCCUGGAAUGGGCUUUGAACCACCCGUGUUCCCAGAUGAAUACUCUGGCGGUGCAGCCGCGCGGGCUGCCGCUGCGGCUCAAAACGAGAUGGCCAAGACUGGCAGAGACAUUUCUGCCGUCGACUCCAAGAUUUUUGAUGCUGAGAGUGGCAUUGGGAUUGAUUUACGUGACCGUUCUGAAUUUUCUGAUUCAGAGCUGGCAAUUGUCCGGAUAGCAGACCCUGUCGCCUACCUGCCCACGGAACUUAUGUUUCAGGUGCUUUCAUACUUGGACCCGCGGUCACUUAGUAAGGCCGAAGCCGUUUCCAAAUCGUGGGGCAAAACUGCUUCUUCCCAUCAUGUUUGGCGCAGUGUCUUCCGUCGAGAAUAUGACCGUCAAGGAUCGAGACCACCAACCAUGACGAAGAAGACGCAGUCUGCCGGUUUGGGCAAGACCCUUCCCAACCAAGAUUGGAAGAAAAUGACAUCUGUCCGACAGGCCUUAGACCGGCGAUGGAAAGAGGGCAAGGCUGCCGCAAUCUAUCUCCAAGGCCAUACCGAUAGUGUUUACUGCGUGCAGUUUGAUGAGCACAAGAUCAUCACCGGUUCACGAGACCGCACCAUUCGUAUCUGGGAUGCUCAUUAUCCUUGGCCUUGUUUGAAGGUUAUCGGCUCACCCUCGGCCCAACAACAGCGAGGAUCUGCGGGUACUUAUAUUAACCCUCAGCCUUUGGGCAAUCCGCCUUUUCUUUCUAUUUGCCCGCCAAGCCAGGCCUACAAUGAUGUUAUUGACCUUGCUGUACAAUCACCUGAAUGCCAUAAUGCUUCCAUCCUCUGUCUUCAAUUCGACGAUGAGAUUAUGGUGACAGGAUCUUCCGAUUUUACUUGCAUAGUGUGGGAUGUUAAGAAUGAUUACAAACCGAUCAGACGUUUGGUUGGUCACAGAGCCGGCGUCUUGGAUUGCUGCUUCGAUGACAGAUACAUUAUCUCUUGCUCGAAAGAUACUACCAUCUGCAUCUGGGAUCGAGAAACAGGACGGCUUGUCAAGAGAUUGCUCGGCCACCGUGGACCAGUCAAUGCUCUUCAGCUGCGCGGCGAUCUCCUCGUAUCGGCUAGUGGAGAUGGUGUGGCUAAAUUAUGGAACAUUGCAUCUGGCGUUUGUGUCAAGGAGUUUUCGAGUAAAGAUCAUGGACUUGCUUGCAUUGAAUUUAGUGAAGACGCGCGGACCAUCCUAGCUGGCGGGAACGAUCAAGUCAUUUACCAGUACGAUGCCAACACUGGCGAUAUGAUUGGGGAGAUCAAAGGUCAUUCUGGUCUAGUGCGAUCUUUGCAUCUAGACACCCUUAACAACCGUGUUGUCAGUGGUAGCUACGACUUCAGUGUGAAAGUUUUCGACUCUACCUCAGGUCAGCUUUCUAUUGACCUGCCUGGGUGGACUACCAGCUGGAUGUUGAGUGCAAAGUCAGAUUAUCGACGUAUUGUUGCCACGAGUCAAGACUCUCGUACUGUGAUUAUGGAUUUUGGAUAUGGCCUGGAUGGCAUUGAGUUAUUGGAGGAGUAA